UAUUCAUUUUCAUAUAGGGUCGACCUCCGCUCCUUCACUUCCCAGCCAUGGCUUCCAUUCACUACUCAGUUUCGAUCCCUUCGGUACCCAAAUUACCCAACUCCAACAAUGUUCGAACCUUUUCGGUGAAUCUAUCAAACCCAAAACGUUCUUCGUGUUCCUUUCCCAGAAUCCGAGCCUCGAGUUCGCCAUCGUCCCCUUCAUUGGAAGAAGCAGUAAUGAGCAUAGACAAUCUUCACAGCUUCAUCGAGCUUAAUGUGGGAAAAUGGAACGGCUCUUUCUAUCAAUUUGACGCUUCUGGGCAUUUGUUGCAACAAAUAAGUACGAAGCUUUCAGCAAGUUCUUAUGGAGAAGAUCAUCUCAUGAGUCUCAUUCAGACCCUAUACAUUAAGCAACCUUCAUCAAGUACUUCAAUUUCUGGCUAUGAUGAGCAACCAGAGUGGGCAGAGUACAAAAUCAAAGAGACCAGUAUGUUUACUGUUGACAAAUAUCAACAAAUUGGGUUUUUUCCAUCUGAGAGAGCGUUUUCCCUGAGGUAUCAGACAGCUGGCAUGCUGGAAUCUGUAUUGAGGCAAGGGGUUCUUGGAGAAGAUGACACUGGUGAAGAAUCACCAAAAAAUGUAAAGCUUCCCUCUCGUCGACCUUCUGUUGUAUGUGAGAAUUGCUUGUAUUCUCUACAGGCAGAGAUGCGAGCAAGAGCCUUUCACAUUUUGGAUCCAAAAGGAGUUGUCGAUAUGCUUAUUGUUUUCCUAGAGGAAAAAAGUGAUGGGUCUCCUCCUCUGCUUAUCAGUUCAAUGGACACGGAGAGCAGGAUUUUACCAUUUCUUGGCAAGUGGAAAGGCCACUCUGUUACAAAACGUAGUGGUGUGUACGGAUCUACGAUCGCUGAAGCUGAUACAGUUGUGUCACUUGAAAUGGAUGGCCAAGGCCAGCUUAAUCAGAUUGUGACUUCAACAUCGAACAAGGAAAAUGAAAAGGUGACUACAAAUGUGGAGUGGAAGGGGACAAUGUCAGAGAAUUUGGUUACAUUUGAGGGAGGAUACCAGGUUACGCUAUUGCCUGGAGGGAUGUACAUGGGGUGUCCUUGUGACGUGGCAAAAAGUGUUGCAGAAUCAAAGUCUUUCCAUUUGGAGUUCUGUUGGCUUGAGACACCUAGCCAGAGACAAAGAUUGGUUCGCACUUACGAUGUGCAAGGCUUAGCUGUUUCUUCCACUUAUUUUUCUGAGACUAAAUCGUGAAGUCUGAGUUCGCCUUGCUUAUAUCAUCAACACUUCAACACCUUACCUCUUUUCUUUUCUUUUCUUUUUUGAGGGAAUGUUGUGCGUAGUUAAAUAAGGCUGAAUGAGACACACCUUCCACUUUCAUUCACUCGAUCGCUCUUUUUCUGAAGAGAUUUCCCUUUAGAUAUAAGCCAUGUAUAAUUUAAAUCUGUCUGGUUUUUGAGUACAUUUCGAUGUUUUUAGUGUGUGUUGUAACUUGCACUAAUAAGUUGAACUAUUUUAUUGUUACGCAUUCUUUUUUCACUUCCAAAUACUCUUCUUCAAAUAU